AUGCCUGAUACAAAUCUAUCUAUCUAUCUAUCUAUCUAUCUAUCUAUCUAUCUAUCUAUCUAUCUGAGGUUGUACAUUAUCUAUUUGGAUAGCUCGAUAGCUCUAUCUAUCUAUCUAUAUCUAUCUAUCUAUCUAUCUAUCUAUCUAUCUAUCUAUCUGCUCGUUUCUGUUCAUAUCUAUCUAUCUAUCUAUCUAUCUAUCUAUCUAUCUAUCUAUCAGUCUGUUCAUAUCUAUCUAUUUGUUGAUUCGUUUCCGGUCUUUCUCCUAAUGGAAUCUGCUUUUUUCUUUACCUUUUUUACAACCCUUUCUAUUUUUCUUUUAUUUUACGAUUCUUUCUUUCUUUUUUUAUAUCACUGUCGUCAUAGCUUUCAUUCUUUCUUUCCUUUUUAUAUCACUGUCCUUUCAUUCUUUCUUUCCUUCUUAUAUCACUGUCAUCAUAGCUUUCAUUCUUUCUUUCUUUUUUAUACCACUCUUUCAUUCUUUCUUUCUUUUUUUUAUAUCACUGUCAUCAUAGCUUUCAUUCUUUCUUUCUUUUUUAUAUCACUGUCGUCAUGGCGUCUUUCUUUCUUCCUUUCUUUCUUUCUUUCUUCUUUUUUAUUUCCUUUCCCUUGUUUAAUUUCAUAUUUUUAUCUUUAUUUUUAUCUUUUCUCGUUUGUCCUUUUGAAAGUUUUUUCUUCCUUUCCAUUUUUCUUUUUUUUUUCUUUAUUUCUAUUUUAUGCAACUUCUUUUUUUAUUUCAUAUAUACAUAUUUCCAUAUAUUCUUCCUUUCUUUCUCAUAUCACUGCCAUGGCUUUCUUUCUUUCUUUCUUUCUUUCUUUCUUUCUUUCUUUCUUUCACUAUUCUUUUAAUCCUAUUUCAAUCAACCUUAUCUCUUUUUUUCUUUCUCUUCUUAUUCAACCUUUCACUUAA